GAACCCCUCGCCGCCGUCGGGGAGCUCUCCCGUCCCACUCCCCAGCAUACCAUCAGCGGCGCUGUCCCGAAGCUUCAACGCUUAUCCCCACCCUUCCACCGCACUCCUGGCACGACUAUAAAAUGCGCCGCGCACCCACGGUCUCCCCCCCAGGUAAGCAACGAGCAUCAGCAACCAACAGCUCCGACGAUCUCAAAGACUCGAACGUUCUCAGGCCUCAGCAUUUCAGUUCCUAGACUAGACUAGACUAAGUAGCGCGAUGGCAGCUGCUCCGUUUGCGAUCGCCAGCCGCCUCACCCCGGCCGCGCGCCUCCUUGUACGCGCAUGGAGGGCGGCGAGGCCGGCGCCCGGGCUGGCGUCGUCGGGGAAAGCCCGCUCCCUCUCCGUGGCGUCCGCGGCACAGGAGAACAGGGACAACACCGCCGUUGACGUCCAGGUCAACCAGAACGGCGGCAACCGGCAGCAGGGCAACGCCGUCCAGCGCCGCCCGCGCCGCGCGGCGCCACUCGACAUCUCCCCGUUCGGGUUGGUUGAUCCGAUGUCACCGAUGCGGACGAUGCGGCAGAUGCUGGACACGAUGGACCGGCUGUUCGACGACGCCGUGGGGUUCCCCAUGGCGACGCGGAGGUCCCCGGCGGCGGCCGGCGAGGUGCGCCUGCCGUGGGACAUCGUGGAGGACGAGAAGGAGGUGAAGAUGCGGUUCGACAUGCCGGGGCUGGCGCGUGACGAGGUGAAGGUGAUGGUGGAGGACGACACCCUGGUGAUCCGCGGCGAGCACAAGAAGGAGGAGGGCGCGGAGGGCGACGGCGACGGGUGGUGGAAGGAGCGCAGCGUGAGCUCGUACGACAUGCGGCUGGCGCUGCCGGACGAGUGCGACAAGAGCAAGGUGCGCGCCGAGCUCAAGAACGGCGUGCUCCUCGUCACCGUGCCCAAGACCGAGGUGGAGCGCAAGGUCAUCGACGUGCACGUCCAGUAGAUGGAUUGAGGUUCCAGAUGCGGCGAACCGAUAUGGUUUCGUUGUCUUCGGCUGUGGCGUGCGUUUCACUCUUCCAGCUUCUCUGCGCGCGUGCGCAGAUUGUGUGCGUGUAAAUGUUGCUCGCGUAGCUGUUGCCAAGGGAGGACAAUAAUGUGAAUAAACUCUGCUAUUCGGCAUA